GCGAGCGAGAUUGAUUAAUUAGUCAGGCACAGGGAGGAGUGGCCACCCGAAGGAGAGGCGCCUCUCGCAGGAACAGUGAGCUAGACGUGACACGCUAGGCUACCUCGAAGCAAGCAGCGAUCGAUCAGCGAGACCCACCCGAAGUGCAAUUCAAGUCGCGCGAUCACCUUGGCACGCCGUACGACGACUGAGUUGCCGCACUUUGCACAGCGCGAGACUGUUUGCUACCGCCAGAAAUCUUGAUAGACUUUGCUUUGCGCGGUCCGGCAGCAGAAUCAGGCUCAGUCGGUCAAGAUGGGCCUCAACAUGUCCAAACUCUUUGGCGGCCUCGUUGGCAAGAAGGAGAUCAGGGUUCUCAUGCUUGGUCUCGACGCUGCGGGCAAGACGACCAUUCUGUAUAAGCUGAAGCUCAACCAGUCCGUGACCACCAUACCCACAGUCGGCUUCAACGUAGAGACGGUCUCGUACAAGAAUGUCAAAUUCAACGUCUGGGAUGUGGGUGGUCAGGAUAAGAUCCGGCCGUUAUGGCGGCAUUACUACACUGGCACCCAAGGGUUGGUAUUCGUGAUAGACUCGCAAGACCGCGAUAGAAUCGACGAAGCAAAGCAAGAGCUUCACAGGAUAUUGGCAGACAGGGAGAUGAAGGAAUGUCUCUUGCUCGUCUUUGCCAACAAGCAAGAUUUGCCAGGAGCGAUGAGCCCGACGGAAGUCACAGAGCGUCUGGGUCUACAACGGAUGCGCGAUCGCAGCUGGUACUGCCAUCCCUCCAACGCGCUGCAAGGCGACGGUCUCUUCGAAGGUCUUGCCUGGCUCAGCCAGAAUAUUCCACGAGGAGCGGCAAAGUGAUGCUUCUCCGCAGCUUCACAUUCGCAGGUGCCGUGCAGGUUUCACGAUUACCCAAGCUAGUUCAGUGUAUCGCAUUGUAUCACUUCCCUGCAACUUGUGCUCGAUCUGCC